AUGAAAUCGUUUCUAAAAGUCAUAUUUUUCUUCUCAUUCCUUAAUACAAUUUCACUAUGUUCUAGAUUAGAAUGGACAGGUGAUGAGUUUGAGGUGAAACCAUUGUCUGAUUUUAUCUCUGGCUCUUUCCCACAAAUUAAAAGAAGUUUGAUGUGCGAAUCAUGCCAGUUAAUAACAUUCGCUUUGAAAAAAUAUAUUUCUAAGGAGCUGAGCAUUUACAAAAACUCACACCCUCCUAAGGGAUUUACAGAUAUUGUGGUCUCAAAUUUCUUGGAAAAUCAUGUUGCAUGUUCCAACCAUAUCUGGCAGCCCUUAGCUGACAAUUCUCUCGAGUUUACUAUAGAAGACUUUAUAAGUGCAUGUAGAUCAAACCUAAGUACAUGGGAGUCUGAGUUGGAAUCACUUUCAACAAGCAAGAUGAGCUUACCUCAGGAGAUUUCCAGAGUCUGCUUAGAGACCGGUUCAUGCAAGGACAAGUCAGAAUUGUGGAACGAGAGCGAAUAUCCAGAAAACAGAGAGUCGAAGUCAAGCCUACUAAAGAAAAGAUCUGACGAAUUCAUCACUAAAAACAAGGAUAGACAAGGGGUUAUUACUACUAGUUCAGGGCUGCAAUACAUUGUGCUUAAAGAAGGUACUGGGCAAAAUAAGCCAGAUACAAAUGACGAGGUUGAGGUGUUCUAUAGAGGGAAGACACUUGGAGGUAUUGAAUUCGAUUCAUCCUACAAUAGAAAAGAAGAACCCUCAAGAAUGCAAGUUUCACAACUCAUCCCUGCCUGGAUCGAAGCCCUGACGAUGAUGACCGAAGGGCAGGAAAUCAUUCUAUUCGUUCCUUAUGAUUUAGCCUAUGGUAAAGAGGGUGCAGGAGAUCUUAUUGGUCCCAAUGAGGUCAUUGUUUUUAAGCUCAAGCUUGCAAAGAUAAUUAAAAAUGAAGGCAAACAACCAAAUGAUGAAGAUAGUUCUGCAUAUGUUCCUGACGAACUUUAG